AUGGAGCUCACAGAGCCGGCGGCCGUCAAGUGCGAGAAGGGCUGCGAGGUGUGCGAGGGCUGCGGUCAGAAGAUCCAGGACCGCUUCCUCAUGCGCAUGGCCGACGCCAGCUGGCACGAGCACUGCCUGGCGUGCUGCGAGUGCGGCCUGCUGCUCAGCCACUCUUGCUACUGCCGCAACUCCAAGCUCUACUGCAAGACGGACUACGAUAGGAAGUUCGGCGUGAAGUGCUCGCGCUGCGGGGACCGCCUCCUGCCGCACGAGAUGGUGAUGCGCGCGCAGGCGCACGUGUUCCACCUGCAGUGCUUCGCGUGCGCCGCGUGCUGCCAGCCGCUGCAGAAGGGCGAGCAGUUCGUGCUGCGCGCGGGCCAGCUCUUCUGCCGCCACGACUUCGAGAAGGAGAUGUACCUGCUGCAGCAGGCCAGCCCGUCGGAUGAUGAUCUGCUGGAUGAAAACAGUCGACCCCGAGAUGGGAGAAGGGGCCCGAAGAGACCAAGGACCAUCUUGACAUCAGCACAAAGAAGACAGUUCAAAGCAUCCUUCGAAAUAAGCCCAAAGCCAUGUAGGAAGGUGAGAGAAGCUUUAGCCAAAGAGACGGGUUUAAGUGUCCGAGUAGUACAAGUUUGGUUCCAGAAUCAAAGAGCUAAAAUGAAGAAGUUGCAGCGCAAAGCGAAACAGGAAGCUGACAACAAGACAUCUUCAAGUGACAAAGAUAAGGACAGUAAAGAUGACAAAGUCAUCAAACAAGAGCCUUUAUCUAGCGAUCACAAUCAUUACUUAAGCCUGAAUGGACUUGGCUCUGGGGAUGGGAGUUACACACCUUCAAGCAGCCAACCUUUAAACCCCAACAUACCUUUCUCACCAGAUGACGCGUACCCGACCCACUCCGGCGAGAGCUUCUGCAGCUCCGACAUCUCCCUGGACGACAGCACCAACUACGAGCAGCUGGACGAGGGCGGCUCCGACACGCUGUCACUCCAGAACCUCGACCUGCCCCCCCACCCCUCGCAGUCGGACGGCCUGCUGCCGGGCAUGGUGCAGGUCAACCCCAUCGACAAGCUGUACCUCAUGCAGAACUCCUACUUCAGCACGGAGCAGUGAGCCAGCGCCGUGCCUCUUCCAGACACAACCGUGCUGUUCAAGAACAUGUCAUGUGAACACUCCA